AUGGCGAGACCCCGGAUUGUGCGAGCUGAUACGCUUGACCUCCAAGACCAUGAUGCUCCCUCGGCGAAAGAUCAUCCAAAACCAGCACCCACAAAUGAAACCGGCCUAGCUCCGCACCAGGAGCAGGAAGUUCGUCUCGCCGGUCAUGAUUCCAAAUCUGAAAUUAUGCAGGGCCCUGAUGGUCGUGGAUCGGCCGCGGAUGGAUACCAUGAUGGCAUUGAUAUAUAUGAUGAUACCGACGACAUUCAGAUCGGGCUUGGUGUUCAUCGGGGCGAUUCUGAUAACGGGGAUGGUGAAGACGGUGACCAUAGCGAUGCUGAUGAUGAUGACCUGUUGGAUGAUGAACUCAUGGACAAAAUCUCGAGCUCCCCUUCAAUUGAUGACGAUGAUAUCAAUUUCGAGUUCGUUUAUGCGUUGCAUAACUUUGUUGCGACUGUGGAUGGCCAGGCGAACGCCUCAAAGGGAGAUAACAUGGUACUUCUGGAUGACAGUAACAGUUAUUGGUGGCUUGUUCGGAUUGUGAAGGACGGUAGUAUAGGUUAUCUGCCUGCUGAGCACAUUGAAACGCCCACGGAGAGGCUGGCACGGUUAAACAAGCACCGAAAUGUGGAUCUUUCUGCGACAAUGCUUGGUGAUAAUUUGGAGAAAUCCAAAAACCCUCUGAAAAAGGCAAUGCGCCGCCGAAAUGCGAAAACCGUCACAUUCACUAGCCCUACGUACAUUGAAGCUUCCGAUGUUGAAUACUCGACUGAAGAAGAGGUUGACGAUGACGACGACGUUUCUUUCACUGACGAAUACGCACGGGAGGAAUACGAGCAACGUGAAGAGCAAAAUGAAGAUAUCGUUGUCGAACCCCUGCGGCCCAAAGCGCAACGCGAUAAGGGAGCCGAAGAGGCACAGAAUGUGCAGGAAUCGGAAGAGCGUGCUUCCGCUAGCCCAGAGAAGCGGCGGACAAGCCAGGAGAUCUUUGAACAAGAAGAACCACUCUCUCCUACUUCGUCUGAACUCACCGUCAGCAGGUCAAGAAAUGGCACUAUCAGAAACACCGACUCAUUCUUCAAGGACGAUGCUGCGGAGCCCAAGAAAAUAUCUCUCACUCCAAACCUACUGCGGGAUGAGUCUGGGGCGAUUGAGCCAAGAGAGCCUCGCAUUAGUUUGGAGACACUCGACAAAGUCAACUCCAACGAAAAGAAGGAAGAGAAGAAGCGGAAGGAAAAGAAGCCCGGGAUGCUCAGCGGCCUCUUCAAGAGAAAGGACAAGAAGUCUAAAUCAGGUGACGAUGAGGGUGAAGACAUGGAGAAACACUCGGGUGAACUGUCUCGAUCGUCCCCAACGCCAAAGACAUCCUUGGAGUCUGUGGGAUCGCCCGAGUCGCGCUCUGCGAAGCAGGUUGGACCACAACGGCAAUCCAGUAAGCUUCAAAAGCAAGGGCCGGGGGCCGUGGCAACUCGAGAUCCAGCAAAGGAAUCAGCCUUAGGGUCGCCGAUCCAAAAGGAACGAGCGUCGAGGGAGAACCAGAGACCGGAUCAGACGAUACGUCAAGUGGUCCUCGACGAAGUGGAAGAGAUAUCUGGGUCCUCACGUUCCAAACCCCGCGAGCCAGAGCGGAGCAGGUCGAACUCUGCCGGUAUAACCAGUCCUUCAAAGAACACAAUGUCACCAACUUCACCAACGUCGCCAACAUCACCCAUGUCACCAGUGUCGCUGGUUGAAGAACAUAUCGAUCGGCAGAUCCCACCCAGCCAGGUGGCUACUUCGCAUUCUGUAACAUCACCACCGCAGAAAUUUGCCCCAACCCAAAACCGUUAUUUGGAUUCACCUGCCAGCUCCUCCUCGCCUUUGGGAAGCCAGCGCUCACCUAGCAUGCCGGGGCUAACUCUCGACCUGCCGCCUUCCGGAGAUCUACUACCCUCGACUGAUUCGCCUCCCAUAUCCCCUGCUGACACCACCGACAGCAGGCGGGCUGAGGCAGCUCCGACGCCGUUCGAGGCACCGACUCCGACCUGGAGCGAUGCCAGCUUGCGCUCGUACUUGGAAGACGAGAACGAGCUUCGCGAUCUCUACGUGAUUGUCUAUGACAACACAAACAUCCCGCCUGCCGGCCCUGAGCACCCGAUUACUGGCAACUUGUUCAAGGACGAGAGCAAGAGACUGCGGGAAAUGAAUAGCCAGUUAGACUCUCUGUUAUCUGACUGGGUUGGUCAGAGAGUACGAAAGACAGCAAACCAAUGA